AUGUCAGACAAGAUCACCGAAAAGCUUAAGGCGUUUUCCAGUAAGAUGACCGACGGCGCUCUCGGGCACAGCAACGAGCACGCGCAGCACGCCGGCGGCGACGCGUACAACACAGACUCGGACGCGGACGUGGACCCUUUGCAGAAGAGUGAGUCGGACCGCGUGUCGCAGCAAGUGACCGAGGACCAGAAGGCGCACGCGCCCGGCACGCACAUCGAGCGCAAUGCCGACGAGAAGCCCCGCACCAAGUCGUUCCUCGAGAGCGACGGCAUCGACGAGAUGAAGCCCGUCACCCGCAAGCACCGCGUCUCGUCGCUGUCGCUCAGCGACCAGUGGCGCGCCAACCAGGACCUGCACCCGCUCACAUCCAUGGACAACAACGAGGGCACGCCUUCGUCACGCGUGCCCUCGCGUAAGGCCUCCAUGGUGUCGCGCCACUCCAGUGUGUCGCGUCGCGCGUCCACCGUGCGCACCCGCCAGCAGAUCAUCGACCACGAGCGUGUCGCAUCCUACGCCUUUGCCUUCGACAUUGACGGUGUCAUCGUGCGCGGACCCGAGACUAUCCCCGAGGCGCGCGAUGCCCUGCGCAUGCUGAACGGCGAGAACAAGUACAACAUCAAGGUGCCCUACAUCUUCAUCACCAACGGCGGUGGCCGCUCCGAGAAGGCCCGUUGCAAGGACCUCUCCAAGCGCCUGAACAUCACCGUUACCAAGGACCAGGUCAUCCAGGGCCACACCCCUAUGAAGGACCUCGUUCCCAUCUACAAGAACGUUCUGGUCGUGGGCGGCGUGCUGGACUCGUGCCGUAAGGUGGCCCAGGACUACGGUUUCAAGAACGUGUACAUCCCUCUGGACAUUAUGAAGUGGAACCCCAGUGUAACCCCUUACUACCAGCUUUCCGAAGAGGAAAACGCCGUAGCUCGCGACGUGGACUUCUCCAAGGUGCCUAUCGACGCCAUCCUCGUGUUUGCGGACUCCAGAAACUGGGCCGCGGACCAGCAGAUCAUCUUGGAGAUUCUGCUCUCCAAAAACGGUGUCAUGGGCACUGUCGCCAAGGACCCUAGCGACAACAAGGUCGGUUUGUACUUUGCGCACUCCGACUUCGUGUGGGCCACCGACUACGGUCUCUCUCGUUACGGUAUGGGCGCUCUGCAGGUGUCCAUCGCCGCGCUUUACCAGGAACACACCGGUCGCGAGUUGCAGGUCACCCGUUUCGGUAAGCCACAACGUGGUACCUUUAGAUUCGCCGAAAAGGUUUUGUCCAACUGGAGGAGAAACACCCUCACUGAGCAUGUCGAGCAGCUCAACCUCGAGGACGGCGAAACCAGCGACAGCGCUCCCUCAGACUCCGAGGAUGAGGGCACUGACACCGACGGCGCUGUUCUCGAACAGACCGACAAACUGGUGCUCGACCUCCCACCUGCCUCCACCGUGUACUUUGUCGGUGACACACCAGAGUCUGACAUCAGAUUUGCCAACUCCCACGACUCCUCUUGGUACUCUAUCUUGGUGAAGACCGGUGUUUUUCAAGGCAACACCACACCUAAGUACCAGCCCAAGAAGAUUUGUGAAAACGUGCUAGAGGCCGUGAAGUUCGCCAUUGAGAGGGAGCAUCAGAAAGAGCUGGAGGAAUGGAACAGCUCCGUGGUUGACGCUCCUGUCGUUGAUGAGCGUACUGCCAAGAUCGGCAACAGGUAA